CAGACCAGUUCUCUGCAUCAUGGCUUCCACAGCGGUGCUCCUGCUUCAGCUGCUCCUGGUCUCACUGGCGUCUGCAUCACAUCACUUUGGGGGAAUGGCGCACUUCACCUACAGAGGACAAAACCCUGAUGGAACGUACAAGGUGGACCUUCACAGCAGGUCAACCUCCAGGUGGUGUGGGAACAUCUACUGGUGGAACUGCUAUGGGAGCAACUGUGGCAUUGUCUAUAGCAGUCAGUCGGGUAUGGUUGACAGGCAGACCAACAUAUCACAAUACUACGGAGACUCUUGUGAGACUGAAACAGUUUUCACGACUAAUGUUCUCAGUGACAAACCUUUUCAGAUGAGGGCAAGUAGCUGCUGUUGGGUGGCAACGGCCAAUAAUGUUGGCAGCUGGCAUCUACUGACUGAAGUAGAUCUGGGAAAGAGGUCUGACACCAGUAAACCCAACAGAUCACCAGACAUCGGCAUCCUACCUAUCCUCCGAGUUCCUCAGAACUGCCCUCGGACAUACAAGCUCACGUCUUUUGAUCCUGAUGGGGACAAAGUUCAAUGUCGGUAUGGAAACGUCAGGGGGAGGGAAUGCGACUCGUGCAACCUGCCACCAGGCUUCCUCUUAGAUCAGGGAUCUUGCACAUUGCACUACAACUACACACAAGCCAACAUCUGGGCUUUGGGACUUGAGUUGGUGGUGGAGGAUUUCCCACAAGGCUACAUCAAUCUGCAAUACGCAGACGGAUCCAGAUCCUACAAGGCUCCGAUGACCGCGAGGAGACGAAAGAGAUCCUAUUACCCGAGCACAUACCCAACCACAACCUCAUACCCAACCACAACCCCAUACCCAACCACAACCCCAUACCCAUACCACCCAUACCCAUACCCAUACCCAUACCCAUACCCAUACCCAUACCCAUACCCAACCACAACCCCAUACCCAACCACAACCCCAUACCCAACCACAACCCCAUACCCAUACCACCCAUACCCAUACCCAUACCCAUACCCAUACCCAUACCCAACCACAACCCCAUACCCAACCACAACCCCAUACCCAACCACAACCCCAUACCCAUACCACCCAUACCCAUACCCAUACCCAUACCCAUACCACACCACAACCCCAUACCCAACCACAACCCCAUACCCAACCACAACCACAACCCAAUACCCUUACUCAACCAGAGGCCCAUACACAACCAGAGCCACAACCACAACCACAAGCCCACACCCAACCACAACCACAACCCCAUACACAACCAGAGCCGCAACCACAACCACAAGCCCACACCCAACCACAACCACAACCCCAUACACAACCACAGCCGCAACCACAACCACAACACCAUACACAACCACAACCCCAUACACAACGACAGCCGCAACCACAACCACAACCCCAUACACAACCACAACCCCAUACACAACCACAACUCCAUACCCAACCACAGCCUCAUACCCAACCACAGCUCCUCUCAGCAAACUUCCUCUGCAAUUCUCUGUUCUUGUGGACCCCCCUGCUCCGUCAUGUCAGGAGGGAGCUUUCCUGCCCAAGCUUCUGCACCCAACACCUGCAAAUGGAGCUCGUUUCCAAGCAGAGGUCAACAAGGAAUUGGAAAUCAGAGUCAAAGCGCAGGCCACAAAUGCAACAAUAAAUAAUAUCAUGGUCAGUGGGCCGGCGAACAUCAGCAAGCACCAGAACACACAGGGAGAGUUUGUCCUCAGGUGGACGCCGCUCCCAGAUGACCACGGACAACAUUUCGUGAUCUGCUUUGCUGUUGAAGCAGUCGAAAUGGCUGCCGUCUAUCAGUCCGAGAUGAGGUGUGUUAUUGUGGAAGCCAGAAGUGAAAUCGUUAAAUCCCAUGUGAUCUGCAACGAGUCCUCAAUGACAGUAUCGGUUGAGAAAGCCUCAUUCCCUCGACUCCAUGAGGAUCAUAUGCAGCUCAAUGAUCCCUCCAACACGGCCUGCAGCCUCCAGAGACACUCCAACAGCACUCACAUCAUCGCCAUCAUCCCCCUCAACGCCUGCGGCACUCAGAUCGAGGAAGACGAGGAGAACCUCAUCUUCAAGAACGAAAUCACCACAGUGGACAACCCCAGAGACCUGAUCACCAGGAAGCACCAGCUGGAGGUGCAGUUCUACUGCCAGUACCCAAAACGAGGGAACGUGUCAUUGAGCUUCGUGGCACACAGGACGAACACAACUGUGUGGGAGAAGGGCUUCGGCACGUUCACCUACCAGUUUGAGUUCUACCCUGACAACCAGUUCCAAACCAUGAUGGAUCCAGCAGCAUAUCCUCUAGAGUACGACAUUGGGAACAGGAUUUACAUGAAGAUCAAGGCCACCUCCUCGGUCAACAACACCCAGCUGUUUGUGGAGUCCUGCCGAGCUGCACCUUACGACAACCCCAACUACCACCCAACCUACUCCAUCUUUGAAAAUGGGUGUCAAAUGGAUCCAACUCUUCAGAUCCACUCCCCCGCUGCCCAGAAGGAAUUCAAGUUCAGCAUGGAGGCCUUCAAGUUCAUCGGAAUGCACAAUCAGGUGUACAUCAGCUGCUCGGUCAUGAUGUGUGAAGCAGGGAAUUCGGACACCAGGUGUUCCAAAGGUUGCAUCAACUCUACGUCGACAAGCCCCUCACGCUUCAAGAGAGAGGCUGUCAUCCAGAGUGCCAGUCACUUCGUUUCCCAGGGGCCAUUGCGCUUACGGAGAUCGGCAGAGAGCGUCAGAGCCACAGCGACCAACCUGAAUCUGAACCUGGUGUUCAUCGCUGGAUGUGUUCUUGCAGCCGUCGGCAUGAUCUGCGGAGUGGUCAUGUACAGAGCCAAAGUGUCAAAGGUCAAAUACCAACCUCUGCCAACAUUUGAGAGUUAAAUCAGCAGCGUGUGGGAAAUACCUGUUUUAUAUUGAUCACUUCAGACUGUACCAAGUCUUCUUUCAUGGUUUUUGUCUGGGGUUUAUGUCUCUAAUCAGGUGCAAAUGUGAGCAGACAGAUUUCAUAUCAACAUCCUCGUGAAUGUCUUCAGCUUUUUGUAAGGUUUAACUUUUAUAUUGAACAAAUCUGAAAGGUGUGUGGUGUUUACAGGUGGGAUCUGAUGUGGUUUUAUAACGUGUUACAAUAUGAUUCUGAUUGAAACGUGUGUUUUUACUUUCCAACACAUACAUUUCUCAUGUGUCUGAAUACAUAUGAGGGUUUAUAUACUGUAUCUCUGUUUCACACACUGAAGUGUUUGUCAAUGCAAAGUCAUUCAGGGAAGUGUCAGAUGGUUGAGUGUGGUUGAUGUCGCUCUGAGUUGUAUAUGCACAUUAAAUAUCAAGUUGCAAACAUGUGACCUCCGGAUAAGAGUCACCGCCAAACCUCAAUUUACAAACUGCAGAAUCCAAAUGUUAGUCACCUGGAGGAAUGAAGCAACAGCACGUGAUGCUCUUCAGGUUCAGGGUUGGUCUCCAUGGUCAUUCAGGCUGCAGCUUCAUCAUCACCAUUUCUUCCUCUGACCAUUAUUUCAUCAAUUCAUAGAAAAUUAUCAUAUGUCAAGUUUUGUUUGAUCAACAGUCUAAAGCUGAGAUGUGUUUAUGUCACUGUCGCCUUUGGGAAACUGGAACUGAAUAAUAGUUUUUGGUGUUUGGCUAAAAAAUAAACAACAAAUA